CUAGCAUGCGCCCGUAUUGUACGCAGACCUUUCGAAAGGUGGCUUUUUGGUCUUAACCAGUCGCUCAGAACGCUCCGUGGAAUAAUGCGGCUCUUCUAAAUCUAAUGGGGUUUUUCUGGAGACUGUUGUGCGCGCGAGCUAGGAGUUGAUGUUUUUAAUUAUGAAGUUAUUCACUUUUGAUCUCGUGUAGUCGUGGUGGUGGUGUUAAGGGGCUGUUGUAGUUGUUGUGGUGUUGGGUUGGGUUUUUUUACUCGGGGCCGAUCGUUAUGCCUGGCACCACCAUGGCGGAGAUUAAUGGGAAAUACUUUGGAGAUGAACGGAUAAAUCCUAAAGUGUUGAUGUUUCCUCUUGAGAUCACGGGCGAGAACUUGGAGGAUCUACUGGCCUACGAUGACCUGUUCCUGGACUACUUCAAUCACUUCCUGGCUCUGCCGGUGUUCCCGCAAGCUUUGCUGUAUAACCGGCUGACGGGGGCGUUCGAUGAGGUGGAAGGUCUGAGACCAGAGGCUUUGGGUACACUCCCGACCAUCAGCCCGUCCCUGCAGUAUGGCCCCACGGACGCCGAGAGGGAGAGGAUGCUGGAGUGGGCGAGAGAGGAGAGACUGCCCUUGUUCUUACGAACUCAACUGUUCCGAGAGUUGAAGAUGGCCAAGUUGUUACUCCGACCCCUGGAGUUUGACCGUCAGUCGGCCAGCCGGGGCAGUAGUCGCAACCUGAGGGGCUACAGCAGGGCCACGGAGAGUUACAUCUCUACUCUCAGCGUGAGCGGAGACCAGAGCGGAAAUGAUCUGUAUGACUAUGACGACAUCUGGGGAGAGCUCAACUACAGCGCCCUCUACCGGUGGCAGCGUCCCGGAAGCCACGCCCUUUCCCUGCCUACUAGGGUGUUCUUUGGUGAGUGUAAAAGCUACGGCCUCCCCUCCUCCCUGGACUCUGCCUCCACACACUCCUCCGAGAGGUCUACCAUCAAGGCUCUGUCGGCCAUUACGUCACGGAGAUUCGGGGCCGCCUCGACUGUACAGUUCGCUGAGUUUCCGGAAAAACCCGAGGAGGUUCCGCCCGAAGACAACGCAGUGGUGCCGGUGCUGCCAUCUAGCGGCAAGACCACGGAGACUGCCAGACAGAGAGCGAGGAUCUCCAACAAGGUGGAAGUGAUCCCCACAUCAAAGAGUGUGGUCAAAAGCCAAGGGUCAAAGAGCAAAUCUUCCAAGAGCAAAGCCCCAGCCUCGUCCACAGAGGAAGCUUUUCUCAGAGGGGCCAGAGUACUGUCAGCCCCUGUGAACUACGAGCAGUACCUCAAGAUGCCCCGUCUUGCCCUCCACGACUUUGAGGCUCUGUUUGGGGAGGCAGAGCCCGAGCUAGGUGGUCAAGCCUUUGUCCAGUUUGACGAGGAGGGGAUCAGCGAGGAGCAGACGGAGACCGACAUGAGGAACAUGGAGGGGAGACUCAAGAUGACCGUGCAACAGGUCAAGGAGAAGAUUCUGGGAUCGAGACAUCCAGGACAAGUACAAACUAAAGCUGACCACAGACGCGCGUGAGCAGAUCACACGUGCGGCCAGCAACAUGGGGCUGAGUCACACUAUCUUCCUGAGGACUCAGUACGACGUGCUUAGACGUCUGAGGGCCUACUGGAUGCCUCGCUUUCUGAUACAUUGUCACAGGACACGAUCUGAUAGCCUGGAGGGUGACGAGACAGACCAAGUGUUGCCCAGCGCCAUGCCAGUCCCGCCCUCACAGAGCCUUAUAGACACAGCCAGCCUCAAACCAGACUUGCCAGAAAAAGAGCGGACCAGACUGCAGCGACACCUGGAGAAGGCCCGGGAGAUGCUGGAGGCGUCCAUCUUUGACCGCGCCAAAACGGAGGCCGUGGAGAAGUUAGAGAGGGCCUGGGUGAGGUACCUCAAGGAAGACCUCAAGACGUUCUUAGAUUGCCGUGUGAAGGCAGGCGCUGAGAGCCCUCCCAGCACGGCAGACGCCAUAGAAAUAACCGUCACGGAGUAUGACGUAGUCAUCAAACGACCCCGGCCCUGGGUCAGAAGACUGCAGCCUCUCAGGUAUAGUAGAAAACGAAACCCGUGUUCCCUUUUACGUUUCCCGUGUGGCUUUGUCCUCACCCACUCGUGUGUCCCCUAUUGGUGUGCUACACGUCACCCUUUUGUGUUUAGUUUUAGUACGAGUUUUGCGGCACUUGCAGCCCAAAUAGGUCAUAUAAGUGUCGAAAAUAGAUGUAUUGAUUGCCAGAGUAGCAUACACAGAAAAGUGCCGGGGUCUACGUCAUCAGAACGCGCGCGCCGCCUGGACCGUGCCCUGAACACGGCGGGAGAGGUGGACGAGGAGAGGAGGGCCCAGAAGAGGGCGGAGGCGCUGGCGCGGAGGAAGGCGAUGGAGAGAGAGAGGAGGAAGGCUAUCCGGGCGGCACAGGCCAGACAGAAGGAGGCGAGGAGGAAAAAGACUUCUGGGGGUUCUGCUCAAGACAAGCUGGAUGAAGAACUUCCGGAAGGAGAGGAAGGAGAGAACGCGGGAGAAAGACAGGACAAAGUUCCUUCCUUUGCAGACUUGUCCGGGAAUAGACAAAUCAUGUCCAUGUUCCGCAAGUUCGUGUCUGAGGCGGAGAACAAAGACGUCCACUCCAGCAUCCAGCUGUACAGCGACAUAGAGACCUACUUCAGCACUAAGGAGAGCAAGGUCAAGAAAGACGCCGCGGCCGCCACCAUUUACAAAACGUACCUAGACCCCCAAGGCAAGAGACACACAACACUGCCAGAGAAGGUGGCGGCCCGAGUGGCCCAGGAAAAGGACAGACCCAAGACGCCGUUGUUGAGGGAAAUACAGAGGAGUGUCCUGCCUCGUGUGGAGGAGAUCUUUAAGGACUUCAUUACGAAACAAGCCGAGGAGUUCAACAUGGACCCACGUGACCUGGCCACCAUGUCCCAGUCCGAGCUGGCCAUGAGGAUGGGCAAUGACCAGGCCAUGAUGUCUGGCUGGAACAAGCGGAAGUCACGUGGCAAGGAGGACAAGACAGACAGAGACGGGAAGGACAAGGACAAAGAGAAAAAAGAGAGUAAGGACAAAGAGAAAAAUUCUCAAGACAAAGUCCGCGAGUUGGAGUUUUCCUCCGUUCGCGUCAGUGUCCUCGAGGGCGGGCAGACGGGCAAGUUUGCCAAGACAAAACCUCUCCCUCCUAUCGGAAACGGCCCCGACGCCACGAGAGCCGGAAGCGGAACUAGCGAGAGUAAUACGUCAUCAGCUGACGUCACGUCUAGCGGGAAGAGUAGGGGUCGCGGGAGGCGCUCCAAAGCCUCCAGGCGACGGGUUCUGUUUGGGACUAUUUCUGAGGCGGAUGAGAUGUCGGCGGGAGAUGGCGGCUCGUCUAGACUUGGCAGAGGUCGUCAGGACCAACUCACCUUUGAUUUGUCGGCCUCGGAGGGAGGGGCGUUGCUAGCCACGCCCCCUGGUGAUCCUUUGUCCCUCCCCCUCCAGCAAGCUCCGCCCCCUCGGCCCGCGUCAGUUCUCAGCACCAGAAGUUAUAGCAGGGCGUCUUUCAUCACGGUGACGAAAAGAGGGCGGAAGAAGACAACCGGCCGUGCCCAAGCCACGAGAGAAGACAAGAACGAGUUCCUGGCGGCCCUAGGGCUAUCUGCCAGCGGUCACCCGACCCUGUCCAUGCUCUACUUCUACAAGUACCUCAUGAAACACGGAGAGGAGGACGGGAUGCCGCAGAUAGACAAAGAUCUCUUCUUCUAUAUAGAGGUCCAGAAGUUUAAGGUGGACAUACCCUCUGACCUACACCAGCGGACCCUGAAGGCCGCGCAAAGAUAUCUAGGCGGGAAAGAAGUAGUCCCCACCCUGUUCGACGAGGCACAGUUCCAUGUAUUUAAGGAACUACUUUUCUACUGGGCCGGCUACAAGAGAGCGACGUCUACUCCAGAUGAGGCCAAGAAGAGACCAGGAGCUAGAGGAGAGUUUCGCGGGCACGCCACUCCCGGACACCAGCCAGAAGGAGCAUAGGGGGAGCAAGGCCACCAUAGCUGGUGACGUGGCGCGCAGGUCCAGGGGCAGAUCCAGGAGUAACUCUGUCAUAGCCAGAUAAUGAGAAGGUGACAUAGAGGACGGGGACAGAUGACGGACGGAGAGAAGAAGGAGGAAAGGGUCAAAUGGCGGAAUGAAAGGAGGAAAAGGACAGAACCAGAUGAGGGAACGAGAGAAGGAGGAGAAAGACAGGAUCAGAUGACGGAACGAGAGAAGGAGGAGAAAGACAG